UUUUCGAUAAUUUGUUGACAUGUCUAGCCUUACAGCGCCUUUGCUUCAAACUUCGACAAUAGGUCAUCGACAAAACAGCCCUUUAACAGCAGGAAACUCAGUUACUCAUGGCAUCCAUAAGCGAUUCAAGCAGCGAUUCGGAGAUCUUUCUACACGCCGUAGUAGCAGCAGCAGGAGCAACAGCAGAACGGAUAGCUGGCUUGACGGCACUCAAUGAACAUAGAAUCUCACAGCCCGUGAAUCCUGGCCCUGGCUCCCUCACGCCGGAUUUCGGUGACCUAAAUGAGCCAAUGUCUGAACAGGUGGUGCAGGAGCCCGACAACUGUAGCUGCACACUGACACUGCAAACACUCACAGAUUAUACACAGAUCGGGAGUGAUCAAGUUUCACAGCCUGAUUUCGUUACGCCGUAUAUCGAUAAUCUAAUUGAUCCACUAUUCGAGCGGGUGGUGCCGACGCACAGCCUUUGCGACUCGAGUUGCGCGCUGACACUGCACACAUGCGAUUACACAGAGAUAACGAGUGGUGAAAGCAUUUUAGAACUCGUGACACCUGACUCUACGCCGUAUAUUGACAAUCAAGUUGAGCCCGUGUUCGAGCAGGUGGUGCAGGAGCACAGCAACUGCGGUUCUGGGUGCUCAAUGAAACUGCGAACCCUCCACUCUGAGGAGAUCGCGAGCGAUGAAGCCGACUAUGCUACGCCGUAUACUGAUAAUGCAGAUGAGCCUGUGUUCGAGCAGGUGGUGCAAGAGCACAUGAACUGCGAUUCUGGUUGUUCACUGAGACUGCGAAGACUCAACUCUGACGAGAUCGAAAGUGACCAGAACGUCUCGCGUCCCCUGACCCCUAACUUCGCUAAGCUGCAUAUUGAGCCAGUGGUUGAGCAGUUCCAGGAGCACAGACCGCGAACCCGCAGUUACACGGACAUCGUGGGACGUCGGGCAAUCCACACGCCCAAGCCCAAGGGCGUUCACAAGACACCGAAAUCGGCGAAAGCAAAGCGAACAACCAAAACUCCAAAGACACCAAAAACCACCAAGAACAGCCUGAAAAUAGGCCAUCGCUGCGGAACGCCCAAGAGAGCAUCACCUCAGAACGUGCGCAAGAAACGGCAACUCGUAGCCAUGAUGACGCGUCCCGUGAUGAAGAGGCGUCCGCUCUAUACGCGCAAGAGCCCUAGGCUGGCCGCGAAGCGAAAAACUGAGGAUCAGACUAAUGAUGGGGCAUCACCUCCGAAACGCGGCCGGUACGAGCAACAGGUAGACAAAAAAAAACAAUCGGAUGACGUCACAUCAGGCGACAUUCAGAUGGAGACGCCACAACUUGUGGACCUAGCCGAGUUGCCGGCUGCUGCUGAAAUCUGUGGAGAGAAGUCGCGCAAAUCUUUAACUGUAGCCACAGCUGCACCUGUACCUAGACCUUCACAUACACCUUCACAAAUAGUUACACCUACUCCUACACCUGCAUCUGCACUUGCGGCUGCACCUUCAUCUUCACACCCAUUUGCACCUGCAGCUGCGCCUUCAUUUUCACACACAGUUACACCUGCAGCUGCACCUUCACCUUUACCUUCACACACAUUUACACCUGCAGCACCUUCACCUUCACCCUUACCUUCACACACAUUUACACCUGCAGCUGCACCUUCACCUUCACACACAGUUACACCUUUAACUGCACCUGCAGCUGCAUCUUCACAUAUACUCUCAAAUACACCUCCACAAACAUUUUCAAAUGCACACACACCUGCACCUUCACUGAGAAUUUUCAAUAGACUUUCAAAUACACUCUCAAAUAAACUCUCAAAUAAACUCUCAAAAAAACUCUCAAAUACCCUAUCAAAUACACCUUUACGUAAAAACUCAAGUACACCUUCACAUACAUCUACACCGGCUCCUGCAGUACACGAACAGAACUCGGAGGCUGAAACUAUCGCUCAGAUUAAGCUUGAGGCAGAGCCAGCCGAACAGUGUGCAAGUCCCAUAGCCAAGCCAGAGAGUGCUAGCAGCCUAUCGGACACUAGUCGGCUGUCGAUGAUCAAUGAGAAUGACGAUUCCGAUGUGAGUACUCUGAAACCUGAGCAGGCACUGCACGUGGACGACUAUGAACUACAAUUGGAUGACAGUAGCGUCGGGGGAGACGAGGACGAUGAUAAUGAUAUCGAUAUCGAUAUCGAAUCUGAGGGGCAGUUAUCGUCCGAUAUACCUAAUUUGGAGGAAGAGCUGCAGCGCAGGCUGCACCAACACUCAGAUGAGCCGAGGCCAAAAGAGAGCCAUAAGAGCGGAUGUACUCUGAUGUGACAAAUGUUAAUAUAUAUAUUGUAAAAGUCGGGUUUAUAUUUGAAAUAUU